CGUGCUCGUGCUGGUGGAGAAUACUUCCUGCAGAGCAUCGUGCGCGUAUCUAUCGGGAUUAUCCGUGUUCGCCGUUGUUCGCGGUCGCCCGUGUGUGGUGCGGGAGAGCGAGAGCGAGAGAGAGAGGGAGAGCCGUGGUGACGUUCGAACGACGAGAGUCCCCAAGGCGAGUCGAUCGGCGACUCACGCGAUUCUCGACGUGCGUGGCGAGGAGGAGGAAGUGGAGGACAACGACGACGACGUGCCCCCGACGACGAGUGUCGACGAGUAGCAACGAGUGUCGACGAGAGCCGCCGCGCCGGACGUGUUCCCGUCUCUCGUGUCGUACGCAGGAGGUGUCGAUUCGGAAGUACCGACCGUCAGCGAACUAACCAACCAACCUGAACCACAGUCAUGGCUGCGAUGUCCGUGAUCGGAAUCGACUUUGGGAACGAGAGCUGUUACGUGGCCGUGGCCCGUGCCGGUGGCAUCGAGACCAUCGCCAACGACUACAGUCUUCGCAGUACUCCAUCAUGUGUGGCAUUCAGUGGAAAAAACCGGAUACUCGGGGUGGCAGCUAAGAACCAAAUGGUGACUAAUGUGAAAAAUACCAUUCAUGGUUUCAAAAGAUUAUUAGGUAGAAAAUAUAAUGAUCCACAAGUCCAGAGCGAAUUGCGAUCUCUUCCAUUUCGAAUAACUCCACAAGCGGAUGGAAGCAUUGGUAUACAUGUACAAUAUUUGGAAGAAGAACACGUCUUUUCGCCGGAGCAAAUUACUGCUAUGCUCUUCACAAAAUUGAAAGAUAUUUCCGAAACAGCGUUACAAACUGCUGUUAAUGAUUGUGUCAUAUCAGUUCCUUCGUACUUUACCCAAACUGAACGUCAGGCUCUGCUUGACGCCGCUAAGAUUGCAGGCCUUAACGUUCUAAGAUUAUUUAAUGAAACUACUGCGACUGCUCUAUGUUAUGGUAUUUAUAAGCAAGAUUUGCCGGCGCCAGAGGCGCCUCCUAGAAACAUUGUUUUUGUGGAUUGUGGCAACGCCAGCUUGCAAGUGAGCGUCUGUGCCUUUCAUAAAGGCAAAGUUAAGAUGUUAGCAAGUGCUGCUGAUAGUCAAUUGGGUGGAAGAGAUAUCGAUGUUAUUUUGACGGAACACUUCUGUAAGGACUUUAAAACACGAUACAACAUCGACGCACGUACCAAUCCGCGGGCGUACUUAAGAUUACUAGCAGAAACAGAGAAACUGAAGAAACAAAUGUCUGCUAAUUCAACUUCCCUGCCUUUAAAUAUCGAGUGCUUUAUGGAGGAGAAGGAUGUCCACGGCGAUAUGAAGCGUAGCGAUAUGGAAGCGCUAUGUGCUCAUCUAUUUGAUCGAGUUGAAAAAACUCUUAAACAAUGUUUGUCGGAUUCGAAAUUGAAGCUAGAGGACAUUCAUGCAGUUGAACUGGCGGGAGGAUCGAGCCGCGUUCCCGCUAUCAAACGUUUGGUGGAGGAAGUUUUCGGUCGACCGACAUCGACGACGCUGAAUCAAGACGAAGCGGUUGCUCGUGGCUGCGCAUUACAAUGCGCUAUGUUGAGCCCUGCCGUGCGUGUCCGUGAUUUUUCCGUUACAGACAUACAACCUUAUCCCUUGAAACUGACGUGGGAUGCUACUCAAGGCGAAGAAGGCGAAAUGGAAGUAUUCGGGCAUAAUCAUCCUGUGCCAUUCUCAAAAAUGUUGACAUUCUAUCGUACAAGUCCAUUUACAUUAACUGCUAGUUACAGCGUGCCACCUUCAUGUUAUCCUCAAACAUAUAUUGGAACGUUCACGAUAAAGAAUGUAAAGGCUACGCCGGAAGGUGAAUCGGCAAAAGUCAAGGUGAAGGUAAGAGUGAAUUUGAAUGGUAUUUUAACCAUUGCGUCGGCUUCGCUUAUUGAAAAACGCGAGCCAACUCAACAAGAGAAAGAAGAAGAAGAGGCCCAGCAACAGCAGCAACAACAGCAACAGAAUAACAUGGAUGUUGAUUCGCAAGCGACAGAUAAAAAAGAUAAACCUGAUCAAGAUGCACAGGCUAACGAACCGCCAGCUCCAGAGGUGAGCAUGGAUAAGACAAGACGAAACUCAGAUGCUGACGAUGAUGGAAAAGGUGCUGGGGGCUCUGCCCCUUCCUACUCCUCCAGGAUUCUCUCUUGGUUCAGCUCGGGAGAUGAUAAGGGCGAUGAUAAAAGUAGGAAAAAAGUUCCAAUUCGUACAAUCGAUUUACCCAUCGAAGCUAAUGUUUGCGGACUAUCUCAACGAGAUCUCGAUGCUGCAGUAGAAAAAGAAGGCAAAAUGGUUGCUGAAGAUAAACAGGAAAAAGAACGAGUUGACGCGCGUAAUGCCUUGGAAGAGUAUGUUUAUGAUCUGCGUGCUAAAUUAUCUGACGAAGAUGAAUUAGCUACGUUCAUUACAGAAACUGAUAAAGAACAGCUAUGUAAUACAUUAGAUGAUACUGAAAAUUGGCUCUAUGAAGAAGGAGAAGAUUGUCAACGACAGAUUUACUCGGAGCGACUAACGCGCUUGAAGUCUCAAGGGGAACCAAUAAAGGAAAGGAAAUCAGAAUUUGAAGGGAGAUCUGUUGCAUUGGAAGAAUUAGGAGUGGCAUUACAAUUGGCUAAAAAAGGCCUGGAUCAAAUAAAAACAUCGAGUGGAAAGGAUGACAAAUAUUCUCAUUUAACGGAGGAAGAAAUAAAAAUAGUUGAGAAAACUGUGCAAGAGAAAUGGACAUGGCUGGAGGAGAAACGUAUUCUGCUUGCGAGCACGCUUCGCACCCAACAACCGCCGGUUACCGUGGCGCAAAUUCGGGCCGAGAAACUAUCAAUGGACAGCGUGGUACUACCUAUUCUUAACAAGCCUAAACCUAAAGCGGAACCGCCAAAAGAGGAUAAACCAAAAGACAAGUCUGCCGAUGAACAAAAGAAUAAUCAAAAUGCGCAAGGCAACAGCCACAGUCAAUCUAAUCAGCAGCAGCAGCAAACGGAGGAAGAAAAAAUGGAUGUUGAGUAACGGUCAUCGCAACUUAUGUGUUUUUAAUAAUAUUGAAUCUACAUAAAUUAAAAGAGGGAAUAUUUCAUUUGGAUACAUCAUGUUUAUUAUGUCUCGAAAGCGCCUGAUAUGUUGUGUAGUCUGAUUGCACAUUGAUAAAAAAAGAUUUGAUUCAAAUAAAAAUGUUAUUAGUCAAAUAACUAUUCAAUAACAAUUCAACUUAUUUACGUCACACAAGUAAAUAUUGUUUGUAGUACAUAUUAUUGAUUCGAUAUAAAAUAGUUAUUUGAAUAGUACUAAUAACAUAUUUAAUUGAAUCAAUAAUUUCUUUUCAGUGCACGAUUGUUUUUUCGUUUCCAUUUUUUUUCUUUUUUUUCUGUAACAUCUAUUAAUCUGGUGAAUUAAUCUAUUUAAUGACAUAUAUACUAUCAUGAGCAUAAAAGUAUCACGCAAAAACUAAAGAAAUGGUUUAAAUUCGUGAAACUUUUAGAAUAUGCGAAAGACAUCCUUCUUUUGCUUGAAAACAAUUCAUUCGUGAUAUGUUAUUACAAAUAUAAUUGUAAUUUGGACAAAUUGGAGACACGAUUGAAUUAUUAAAGUUUCUAUACAUAAAAGAAAUCUUUCAGGUUUUCUUGUAAAGUUUAACACUUUUAAAUGCACAUAAAUCUAAACUACACAGAAUAGAUUUUUGAAAAGGAUUCUGAAAACUAUUGCCAGUAUAAAGAAUAGGUUGCGACUUUUAAUGUAUAGAAUGAGUGCUAAGUUAGAUCUAAUUGACCAAAUUAAAUUGUGACUAGAUAAUAUUGCUGGCAUCUUAUGUAUUUAAUAAAACAAUUGUUCAUUCCAACAUUUUCUCAUAAUUGACAGCAAAUAUUCUGUCACAAAUUUUUAUUGUUGCAUUUACGAUACUUAAAUAAAUUAAUGGUUCGCUAAUUAACAUUGUGCUAAGUCUGUUUUAAUUUUGGAAUUAACAUCUGCAAAGAUGUUACAAGAAUUUAUUGCAAUUUCUUUUUCUUUUUUUGUUCAUUUAAGUUUCAAUUGAACUUUAAUCAUUGGUUUUAGUGCAAAAAUCCCCUUCUAGAAAAUUGCAAUUCAACUAGAUAUAUCAUUGUACAUAUACAACUUAGGCAUCUACACAACGAUAGAAUAUUUCUUUAUCUCUCAUGAUAUUUAUAUUACUAUGUUAUUUCGCAACACAUAGAAAAUUCAUUAUAGUGGAAAAUUUAGUUGUUCCUAGAAUAUGCAAGAUAGCGGUCCAUAUUUCAUUCUUGCGUCUAACUUUGUUCUCGUCGUUUUUGUUUAGAAGUUAAGAGUCGCAAUUACAUAUGUAUAGUAUAGUUAUUAGUGAGAUGUAAAAAAUAUGAACGUUAAAAAUUUUGCUUUUUUGAAUGAUAAAAGUUUCCACAUAUAA